GCGUAUCGCUAUAUUUAGCACAACACAAUAAAAGGAAAACAAAGCAUGUUUGCAAUGUGGUGAAAAUCUACUCGCAUAGCUACCACAUACUUGACAUUUUAAAAAUAUGCCAUACUUACUCACUGAGAGCUAAUACAACCUAUGAAGUGGAGCUUGAUGAAGGAAGUUUGAAGCACAUAGAUCUAUCAUCAUUUAUGCAAACAGUUAGCGAAGUUUUCGCUCUAUAACAUUUGAGGAUGUUUGUCAUUACUUUAACUUUACUUCUUAUUGUUCAGCUAAACGCGAAAUUUAGCAGAGAGUGUACACAUCAGAGCAGUUCAUUGAAGCCUUAUGGGAGCAGGUGCAUCGAUAGCAGUGAAUGUUUCAACAACUAUUGCUAUAGUAACAGGUGCCAGUGCCCUUAUGAUCAAAUCUUUGACAGUCAAAUUAAUUUAUGUUUACCAAAUUGUAAUACUAAUAUUACACGAAGAGCCGGCAAAAUCUCUACAUCCGUCAGGAAUGAAGGCAGGAAACGAUAUAAAGAUUGCAAAUGGAUCAUAAUGGAUUCAGCAAACUCGUAUGUCGUAUUCAGCUCUUCAGUAAAGAUGGAUUCACUUUCAUCAGAGUUAAAGUCAAGACAUCGCUUGGAUCUCUAUGAUUAUCGCGUUACUUAUACAAACUUUGGCAGAAAUGGGAACUUGGAAUAUUUAGCAAGCGCACACGCUUCCGAUGAAUAUAGCAAGACCUAUGCAACGACACUUAACUCCGGACUCCAAAUUCAAGUUGAUUUUGAUAGUCCUAAAAUCAGAGGACUUGAUUUCUUAAUCGUUUACAGAGUUUAUGAAAAGGAUGCCCAAAUAACUGACACGUAUGGCGUCAUAGCAAGUCCUGGCUACCCCAAGAGUUAUCCUGCAUCGUCAAGAUUCACCUGGACUAUCUUUGGAAAGUCAAACACUUUCAUACUGACCGACUUGAAAUUAGAUGGUUGCUGUGAUUCACUAACUAUAUACAACGGCAAUUCCAACAGUUCAGCUCCGCUAGUCAGACUCUACAAUGAAACAACUCAAAAGACUUUCACAACUAAAGGUCCUAUGUACAUUGUUUUUGAAACCAAUAGCGCCAACCAAAGUGAUGGCUUUAGUGCUGUCUUUUAUAGACAAGAUCUAGACCACGCCGAGAAGUGUGACUUGAACAUCGAUGGUAUGUGUAAACCUGGCCUGGCCUGCAGGUGUGAUAAGUACACUGAAGCAAGGUGUCUUUGUCCUGAUGGUCACUACUAUUUUGGGAAUAACUGCAUUUAUGCUCUUCAAACAAAGGUGUUCCCAGCUGAAACCUCAGUGUCCCUGGAUAUACAUAAUGUCAGCCUGAACUUUGUGUCUCACCAACUCAUCUGGUCAACGUGUUGGGAAAUAAGAGAGAAGCUUACAAAAAUCACCAGGGAAGUCAUAUCUGGUCUAACUCCUGGACAAGAAUACAACGUUAAAAUUAUCUCAACUUUGGCUGCUGACACCUACAACGACCCAAUUUUUUUGAAGUCUAAUUUUAUUGUCAUAACUUUGCCAGCUCAACCUGGUGAAGUUCUAGCAGAAGAAAGUAACUUAAACACACCUCCAUAUGUUCUGAAGUUUAACUCUUCACAAGGGAUUGUACAUCAUUAUAAUAUCACGCUUGUAUCAGACACUCAAGUGUUGACUUAUCAAGUAAAGGAAGCAGAACUUGUGACGUCAGACCUGACAGCUGAUACUCUCUAUAACUACACAAUCACGGCCUUCAAUAAACUUGGGAAUGAGAGUACGACUUUCAGAGGCAAUGUCACAACUGGUCCAGAUCAAUCUGUGUCUGUUGGUGUAAUAGCGGGGAUUACAAUCAGUAUAAUUGUCCUACUAUGUUGUGUUGCUGUUGGUAUUGUAGUGUUAGACAGAAAACGAAGAACUCAAAUAACUCAUUUCUUGCGAUUAUGCUUAGGAAACAUCCGUCAACAUAAAAGGGAGAGCAAUGGAAGCUUAUCUAAAAGCAGAAAUAAGAAAGCGUCAUCUGGUGGCAGGCAGCUUAAAAGUGAUCCCAAAGGUAAAGAUAACAAGCAUAGCUAUGAUGUUGUGAUUGUUCCAUCAUCCCCUGACGUCGCAGGAUUGUACAGAGAUCUGAACCAGUCAACACCAGCAGAAAACUGCUACGCAAAUUCGUCCGCUGUCAAACAAUAUCUGGACAGCUCUCUCUAUGAAGAUAUGUGAUAGACUCUCUCUCUCUGCAGUAUUACCUUUAACCAAGAAUAUUGUUACGUAUUUCUGAAUCUUCUGGCUAAAUGUAUUAGUAGUCACACAAAUAAAAACACUGCAAAGAACUUGACGACUAAACUUUCAGUUUCAUAUAGCUUUAAUGACUAUUAACUCUAACAAUUCAUCACUGUAACAUGUAGCGUAGAAGACUGUACAAUAUCUGUCAGUUUACACUUAGCUAUACUUCGUUGCAAUUCAUCUCUUCACUUCGUUGCAAUUCAUCUCUUCUCAAC